CGCCGUCAUCGUUGUGUCGUUGUUACUGCUGCUGCGCUUCCGCAAUUGCGUAGCAAUGAGUCACUCGGGACUAGUUACGUACCCGCCGUCGAUUCGUUCGUCCGCAAUAUAUCAUUUUGAUAUCAUUUUCCCCGUGCACACGCACGCCUCUCACGUACGAUUCCGCGUGAACACCACGGUAUGGUGUGACCCAUGAGGUGAACAUCUCGACGAUCUCCCCGUAGAUCGUGGAUCAUCCCCUUCGCUGGGAAAUGCGGUUGAGAACACAUCUCUAGAUCCUGUCGCAGAGAACAAUGAAUCCAUCCACGAUGUCCAGUGCCGAGAACAAUAGAGAAAAUAUUGAUUGCAUCGACAUCUGCGACGAGGACGACAGGGAGAGGCUGAUCAAGCCGAGGAACAACUUUGCAUCAUAUUCCAACAACGAUAUCAACGUGCGAUUUCGGAGCAGCGCCAACGUUAAUACAUCGUACAGCGAAAUAGAGGCUAUCUUGGGUCAACCCAAAAGGGUGCACGUCGAGGAUAUAACUCCAGGAGCGACUAAUUUCUUAUCAACCAAUUACGAAAGUCUGGAUUAUGAUCCCUGUGAAAAUUAUCUUCUACAAGAUGAAGAGAGGAAAAAGGGAUACAAGUUUGUUGUUAAAAAGAAUUUCGCCAGAUGGUUCAUCUUCCUCCUGAUCGGAAUUUGCACUGCACUCAUAGCAUGCUUUGUAGAUAUAUUAAUAGAGGAAUUAUCCAGCAAAAAAUAUGGCUGGCUUAAGAAAUAUGUAGAUCACUGUGUGAUAGAAGGAUGCCUGUGGUUACCGUAUGUGAUGUGGUUAGUGUCAAAUAUGAUACCAGUCUUCAUAGGUGCCGUCUUAGUGGCCUUCAUUGAGCCUGUUGCUGCGGGGAGUGGUAUUCCGCAAGUAAAAUGUUAUUUGAAUGGAGUCAAAAUACCGCGAGUUGUGCGCAUUAAAACAUUGGCUGUGAAAUCUAUCGGUGUUAUAUGCACCGUAGUUGGAGGCCUAGCAGGAGGCAAGGAAGGUCCUAUGAUCCAUUCUGGUGCUAUCAUAGCUGCAGGGAUCUCUCAGGGUAAAAGUACGACUUUUAAGAAGGAUUUAAAAAUAUUCGAAUACUUCAGAGAAGAUCAUGAGAAACGAGAAUUCGUGUCCGGAGGUGCUGCGUCCGGAGUGUCGGCGGCUUUCGGAGCACCUAUUGGUGGAGUCUUGUUCAGUAUAGAAGAAGGUACUAGUUUUUUCAAUCAAAGUCUUACAUGGAGAACAUUCUUCGCCAGCAUGAUCACUACGUUCACUUUGAAUGUGAUUUUGAGUGCGUAUCAUGGGCAUCCCGGAGAACUCUCGUAUCCUGGUCUGUUAAAUUUAGGAAAAUUCGACUCGAUUCCAUAUCAGAUCUAUGAGAUACCUCUAUUCAUGAUAAUGGGCACGUUCGGCGGAUUGCUCGGCGCUCUGUGGAAUCAUAUCAAUUACAAGAUCACUUGCUUCCGCUUGCGUUUCGUGACACAAAAAUGGCAGAAAGUGAUCGAGGCUCUUCUAGUAGCGAUAUUGAGCGCGACGAUGGGAUCCCUAAUGAUAUACUUUGUCAAUGACUGUAAACCAUUAGGUAACGAUCCCACCAAGUUUCCGGUACAAAUGUAUUGCGCGGAAGGGGAAUACAAUGCAGUAGCCGCGUUGUGGUUUCAGACCCCGGAAAGUAGCGUACGAUCUUUGUUUCAUGAUCCUAAAGGUGCUCACAAUGAUAUGACGCUAGCAAUUUUUGUUGUACUGUAUUUCUUUCUUGCUGCGACGACUUUCGGCCUAUCAAUGUCAAGUGGCCUUUUCAUUCCCUCCCUGCUGAUUGGAUCCGCAUGGGGUAGAUUAAUUGGAUCGGGUCUCUCAAGAUUGUGUCCAAAUUGUGAAGUAUUAGAUCCUGGCAAAUACGCUUUAUUAGGUGCUGCCGCACAAUUGGGAGGGGUAGUCAGGAUGACAAUAAGUUUAACCGCGAUCUUAAUAGAAGCAACUCAGGGAAUAUACUUUGGUUUACCUGUUAUAAUAGUCCUUAUAAUGGCAAAGUGGGUUGGCGAUUUCUUUAAUGAGGGAAUUUAUGAUAUUCACAUACAAAUGGCAGGAAUACCAUUACUUCCGUGGGAACCGCCUCCACUUUCGAAUAAUAUUUACGCAACUGAGAUAAUGAGCCAUCCUGUCGUGGUGCUAAAAACUGUUGAAAAUGUAGGGCACAUUGUCGAGCUUUUGAAAUGCGUUACAUUCAAUGGAUUUCCAGUAGUUGAUCCACCAAGUAGCGAUCAGGCUGAAAUAAAUUCAUACGGUCGACUCCGAGGUUUAAUAUUACGUUCUCAGUUAAUAGUACUUUUAAAAAAUAAAGUAUUCAAUGAGUAUGAGGAUUUUUGGGAAAAACCUUUGAGUAUAAAGAUCUUUCGAAAUGAGUAUCCUAGAUAUCCAACCAUUGAGCAAGUUGCCAUCACUGAUGAAGAAAAAACCUACACGAUUGAUUUGAGACAUUUUAUGAAUCCUUCUCCCUAUACAGUACAACAUUCUGCAACACUGCCAAGAACAUUCAGGCUCUUUAGAGCAUUAGGAUUACGUCAUGUACUAGUGGUAAAUGAUACUAAUGAAGUAAUUGGUAUUAUUACUCGAAAAGAUGUUGCCAGAUUCAGGAUAUGGAAGCAUCGUGGAAGAAUGGGGCUGGACGAACUUUUAAUCACUAACAAAAUUUAAUUUUGUCUUUUUUUUUAGAACUCUAUUUUGCUCGAAUUUUAUCGCAUUUAAAAUUUUGCUAGUUUGUUAUAACAUGUCAUUUUAUUAUGUAAUAAAUUUUAAAUGUG